AUGGCAAACACUGUGGGAGGCGUUUUGUCCGGUGUAAAUCCAUUCCACUACAACUCCAGUUCGCCGUUAACAUUAUUUCUCUUCCAGGCAUGUCUUAUAUUACUGGUAUGCAAUUUAGUUCACAUCCCCUUUUCGAUGAUGAGACAACCUAAGGUUAUUUCAGAAGUUAUAGCAGGUAUUAUCCUGGGGCCCACCGUAUUUGGUCAAAUUCCAAACUAUACGGAUACGAUAUUUCCCCAAUCAUCGAUUCCGGGGUUGAAUCUAGUUGCGAAUCUGGGAAUAAUAUUAUUCAUGUUCUUUUUGGGUUUAGAAGUAGAUAUUGCAUUUAUUAAAAAGCACUUAAAGAAAGCUCUCGCAAUAGGUAUAACCACUUUGGCAGUGCCGUUCGGCUUCGGUUGCUUAUUAGCAAUUCCUUUAUUCCAUGCUUAUUCAAACCAAACAGAAGGUCAAAGGCAUGUUAAGUUUUCGGUAUUUAUGGUAUUCAUAGCAGUCUCGAUUGCUGUUACGGCUUUUCCCGUUUUAUGUCGUAUUUUGAAUGAAUUGCGUUUGAUCAAGGAUAGAACAGGAAUUGUUGUACUCGCGGCAGGUAUCACCAACGAUAUACUGGGGUGGAUUCUAUUGGCUUUGAGUAUCAUUCUUUCGAGUUCAGAAGGAAGUCCCGUCAAUACUGUUUACAUUCUGCUUAUCACGCUUGCAUGGUUUUUGAUUUAUUUCUUUCCUCUAAAGUAUCUUCUAAGAUGGGUUUUGAUAAGAACUCAUGAGUUGGACAGAAGUAAACCCUCUCCACUGGCGACAAUGUGCGUUCUAUUUAUUAUGUUCAUUUCUGCUUACUUUACAGACAUCAUUGGUGUUCAUCCUAUUUUUGGUGCCUUCAUUGCUGGUCUAGUUGUACCUAGAGAUGAUCAUUAUGUUGUCAAAUUGACAGAGAGAAUGGAAGAUAUCCCAAAUAUCGUUUUCAUUCCAAUUUAUUUUGCUGUCGCUGGCCUAAAUGUUGAUUUAACUCUGUUGAAUCAAGGUAGAGAUUGGGGUUACGUUUUUGCAACGAUCGGUAUCGCAAUUUCUACCAAAAUUAUUUCCGGCACCCUUACGGCUAAACUUAGUGGCUUAUUCUGGAGGGAAGCAGCUGCGGCCGGGGUCUUAAUGUCUUGUAAAGGGAUUGUUGAAAUUGUUGUCCUAACUGUCGGUUUGAAUGCGGGUAUUAUUAGUAAAAAAAUAUUUGGUAUGUUUGUGCUAAUGGCUCUAGUUUCUACUUUCGUCACCACUCCUUUGACGCUCCUUGUUUAUCCAGAUUCAUAUCGAAAUGAAGUUCGUAAAUCUUUAUCAACAACUGAAAAUGACGACGGGCCGGAUGGACUCAAUUCUAAGGAACUUGAUGAAUCUCGAGUGAAUACUCAAUUAAAUUCACUGGCAGAUGUUAUUAAGUAUAGCGUUGGUGAAUUGACAACAGUGAUAAAUACCACGGAAGCGAUCUCUCCAUCUUUAAAAUUAUUGAACUACCUCUCUUUAGGAGUAUCCCCAAAGCUCAACGGUGGAAAACAGAAAAAUGAAGCCUCCUUGAGCAGAAUGACAACAGCUACUGACUCUACAUCGAAGCCGAACACACUCAAAAUAAAAAGGAAAAUGGUUCAUAUUUGGUCUAAAAGCAUUGAUGAUAUAGAUACGAAUUUAAGUGUUAUAGAUGAAAAUUUGAGCACGUUUGAAGGAAUUGGUGCAUUAAGAGCCAUUCAUUUACGAUUGCUUACUGAACGAACUACUGAUUUGUUGCAAUCAUCCUCUUUAUAUAACGAUGAUCCGCACUUUACUGCAAACACAGAUUCAUUAUUACAAAUUUUUGAUAUUUUCUCAAACCUAAGCAAAAUGCCAUUUUCAAGUGAAGUGAUAUUCUCUACUAUGCGUGAAAAGGCAGCUAAUAUUGCCGCAGUGAAAAUUAAUCCUACAGAUUUGGUUUUGCUGCCCUUAAAGGGUGCUUCGUAUGAGUACAGAGGAAGCCCGGUUUUUAUUGACGAAAAAUACGCAAACUUUGAUCACAUUUAUUCUCACCUCCUGGGCUUGAAUGAACUAUCGUCGAGUUUUUUUGAAUCUAUUUUUCAGACUCUCAAAGCCAAUUUUGCAGUUCAAAUUUCAAAUACUUAUGGUAGAUUGAAUGCUGACCGCUUUAAGAAAAAGCGAUUUAACUUAUUGUUACCAAAACCGUAUCUGACUCCAUCAGAUUAUCUUGGACUAUAUCUCCUUUUGUUGAUAUGCUAUAGGGACGGCUAUAAUAAUGAUAACGCUUCCUGUAGUGUAUUUAUCAAUGGCAAAGAUAGUGAAUUCACAAACGAUUUGUUAACUGUUUUUGCCGAGCAUGAGUGGCUGACUAAAUCUACUCUCAAUAUUGUAGAGAUUCCAUUUGAAACUAAAAGUCCUCAAGAUUCGGUCGAAAAGUUGUCUUUCAUAGAGACUGUUCUUGAUAUGGGUUUAUCAGAUACUGCCUUAAAUGAUUUAGAAGAAACUACUUUCAUCAUCGGGGAAGAUCUUCUAGAUGAAAAUGAGAUUUUCAAUGAGGAAGUGAAGGCUACCAUAUUUGAAGGAUCAAAUCGUCGCUUUGAUACGCUCAUUGUACAUCAUUUUUCAUCUGAAUAA